AUGCAGCCCAAGCCGCCGUUCCUCCAGUUGUCGAUGCGACGGCUGCGGAUAUUCUGUUUAUUGCUAUUGCUGCGGGUGGCUGAAUGUAAAAGAGUCGAAAUCCUCUCCACGUCCGGCGAGAAAAACGAGCUGAAAUGGGAGGUGCGCACGUUCUACGACACGGAAACGUGGAGCGAAGAAACCUACUCCGGCGUCUCUAACUCAAACGAGCGCGCCUACGUCUCCUGCAACCUCGAUGAGCAGUUUGUCGAUAAUUGGCUUUUCACUCCGCUGAGGGAUUCCGGAAGGGCAAAUCGAGUCCACAUCUAUACCAAUUACUCCCUUCGUGAUUGCGGGAAAGCCGGAAAAUACUGCAAGGAGACGUUUGGGCUCUACUAUAAAACCGUUCCGAAAGGAGUGGAUGAUGUUCUCCAGGGCUUCAACCCCAAUCAGAGUGAUUGGACCCUUCUGAGCCGUCUAACCGGAGGAGAAAGAACCCGUGAAAACGGUCUGAUGAAAAACGAAGAAGUCCACACCGUGGUCGUCAACGGCUCGAAUGUUCGAUUCGCUUUUCGCGAUACUGGCAGCUGCGUUUCCAUCCUGGCCGUGAAGAUCUACUACGAGCUGUGUGCCGAAGAAACCCUCGGCUUCACGACGUUCCCGGAGACGUCCACCUCAGCCAAGGUCUUCGACACGGUCGACGUGAAAGGACGAUGCGUCGAUCACGCCGAACCCGUCCGUGAGGGUGUCCCACCUAUGGGAAUGUGCCGAGCUGAUGGCCAAUGGAAAACUCCGGUCGAUGGAGGGUGCCAAUGCAAAGCCGGCUACUUUCCGGAGUCCAGGAAUCGGUGUCAAGCCUGCCCGGUCGCCAGCUACAAGCCUCGCGCUGGAGAUGGGGAAUGCCGACGUUGCCCAGACUUCACGAGCAGCGACGUUGGGUCGUCGAUUUGCCGGUGUCUGCCCGGAUUCUACCGUACGCCGAGUGAGAGCCCGAUGACGCCUUGUUCGAAGCCCCCAUCAAAGCCGUUGCGUCUCGGCGUCAUCGACGUGAGUCACACGUCCGUCACCAUCGACUGGGUCGAGCCGACGAGUCUCGGAGGCCGAAAGGAGCUUUGGUAUCGUUGGGAAUGCGCAAACUGCCCACAGAACGUCCACGCCACUCCGCAGGAUUCUAAGCUGACGUCACGUCAUCUGAAGCUGUCCGGACUCGAGCCAAAUCGACAGUAUACGAUCAGGAUCUAUGCAGAGAAUGAGGUUUCCCUCUUCACCUCCCAGGAAUCCUCCUUCGACAUCAUCAACUUCAGCACCUAUGCUCCAGAUGCCCACGGUGUUGUGGAUCUUCGAGUCGAAAUGGUUCAGGAGGACGGCGUGAUGAUCUCCUGGAAGCCUCCAGCGGUCGCGGCAGGACGUGGAACGGUGUCUUACGAAGUGAAGGUCAUCGAAAACGGUCGUGAACGUGGACUUCAUCAUGCCGCCGUCGAGUCUUACCACGCCAGCGAGCUGAGCCCGCACGGCAGAUAUGAAUUCAAGGUCCGUGCUAUCAUCGACGGUCGAGCCGGGGAAUGGAGUGACGGGCUACAGUACGAUCCGCAACGUCAGACGGCCGAGAUGUCACGUCACGGAUCGGGCUUGGGAGACGUUUCGCUCUGGGUGCUGUGCGCCUUGAUUUUGGUGCUGAUCACGCUGAUUUUGUUCAUGAUCGUCGUCUGCCGUCGUCGUACCAUCAACCGGAAGCAGAUGAGCGACCUCGACGUCCUCGACACGUACAAGCAAGACACGAUGACACCCGACUACCCGUCCGGCCAGCGUCCCGCCACGACCUUCCCACCUCCAGCCACCCUACCCCAUCCAUUCCACACGAGUCCCGCCAAAGUGAACGCGCCGCUGAUCCCGACGUACGGCUCAAACUCGCCGCGUGCCCAUCACUACGGCGCUAAUUUCAAGCCCUACGUGGAUCCGACGACUUAUGAGGACCCGAAUCAGGCUCUUGUCGACUUCACUUACGACAUCGAUCCUCAGGCCGUGUAUAUCACUUCUGUGAUUGGAGGCGGAGAAUUUGGAGAUGUUUGUAUGGGACAUUUGGAUCGAGCUCUGGCGAAUGUUGGUCCUGGCGAGAAGCAGAUCGAAACCGUGGCCAUCAAGACGUGCAAGCCGGGCAGCCCACCGAAGGCCAAAGCCGAUUUCCUCUUGGAAGCCUCGAUUAUGGGCCAAUUCGACCAUUUGAACGUCAUCCAGUUGAUCGGCGUCGUCACCAAGACUGAACCAGUGAUGAUCGUCACCGAAUACAUGCAAAACGGAUCCUUGGAUAAUUUCCUGCGAAGCCGUGACCGACUUGGUGAACCGCUUACCGUACCCCGGUUGAUGGACAUGUUGAGAGGAGUGGCGAGUGGCAUGAAGUACCUCACCGACAAGGGAUAUGUGCAUCGGGACCUCGCCGCCCGAAACGUCCUCGUCAGCCAGUCGCUAACCUGUAAAAUCGCCGAUUUCGGACUGUCGAGAGGAGUCGACAACACGGCCGAGCAGGAGUACACCACCAACGGCGGGAAGAUCCCGGUCCGGUGGACGGCACCGGAGGCUAUUACGCACAGAAAAUUCACGGCCGCCUCCGACGUCUGGUCGUUCGGCGUGGUGAUGUGGGAGGUGAUGUCGAUGGGCGAGAGACCGUACUGGGAGUGGACAAAUCAGAAGGUUAUCUCCGAAGUGAUGCGCGGCUACCGCCUCCCAGCCCCGAUGGACUGCCCACUGGCCGUCCACAAACUGAUGCUGUGGUGCUGGAAGAUGGAGAGACACGAGCGCCCGACAUUUGGACAACUUCUACAAGUACUCGAGCGGUAUUCGAGGGACCCGGCGUUGAUCCAUAUCGACGAGCCGCCCAGGAAUGGACACUCCAUUAUCGACCUGACAACGCCCUACCAAGGUCUGGACAACUCCACACGCCUGACGCCGACCUACACGUCUUCCUCUGCCUCGUACGAGAUGGAGGACUUCUUGAGGUCGAUCGGGCUCUCGCAUUGCAUCGAGAAUCUCUACAAGCGGAAUGUGUACUCGUUGGGAGAGUUGGCGACGAGGGAUCACUACGAUUGCCUAGCGUCAGGCCUCACCACCGAGGAGUACGAGCGAAUCCGAGACGGUCUUUGCCCUCCUGGUCGCCCCGUCCAGACGCUACCGUACCCCCGAACUGCUCCAGGACGACCGCCACAUCUGGGAUCAACAACCUUAGCGAGGAGUGGUGCUGCUGGAAAUGACAAUGGGUUCUUUGUC